GCUAAGAAUCGAUAGAGAUUGAACGGCGCCAUUUUGUGCGUUGAGCGUCGGGGCGUCGGGUCGUUGCGUCGAGUGCUUUUCAUGUUAUGACAGAAUCCCAGUUCCCGGAUUGAUUGAGCGGUUUUCCAUCGAAGUGCGAAGGCGGACUUAGGUUGAUAAGACUGAUCUCCGAGCGGCUACCAAACAUGGGUUCCUCUCAGCAAUUCUCGUUGCGCUGGAACAAUUAUUUGCGCCAUAUAACCAGUGCUUUUGACUCAUUAAGAUCAGAUUUAGACCUUGUUGAUGUGACAUUGAGUUGUGAAGGUAAAAAAAUUAAGGCCCAUAAAAUGCUGUUAUCAGCAUGUAGCACUUAUUUCAAAGAUUUAUUUAAGGAGAACCCAUGCCAACACCCUGUGAUAAUUUUUCGUAAUGUUAAGUUUGCCGAUUUGGAGGCAUUGAUAGACUUUAUUUAUCAAGGUGAAGUUAAUGUUGUUCAAGAACAGUUAGCAUCUUUUCUUACUACAGCUGAAUUGUUAGCUGUUCAAGGACUGACAGAUGGUGCUGGACAAGACCUAGCUGAAACUUUAAACGAAGAAAAUAUAGACUCUAAUGUCGACACCAUUAGUGAAGAGGCUCUACCUGUAGAAAAUAAGCGCACUAGCAGUAAUACAAAUAGUCAUUUGUUUACUCCACCAAAUCAAAAUCCUUCCUCACCGCCCCUGAAGCGCAAGAAGUGGAGUGCACCUGUUCAGCCAAACAGCAAUCUAAAAAGAACAGACAUCACUGAACCUAGAAGGCUACCUCAACCUAGUUCAAGCAAUAAUACAGUAGAUUUAAUACCUGUCAUGUCACAAGUCAAAGUAGAAAUGCCUGAAUUUUUGGACGCCGAAUCUGGUCAAAUUAAUUAUAAUAAUGCGGAGCAAGAAGAAAACACAUUAGAAGAAUUAGACAACUUAGAACACAGUAUUCCUUCGGCAUCUGCCGGUAAAGAAGAGGCAAUGGAUGUAUUUGGUGCUGGUGCAGGUGAUGGAGGAGAAUUAACUGGAGAACCAAUGACACCUGCCGAACUAAGUCAAGUCCUGGGCAAAGCUGGUCCAUCAAGUGAAGGCUCACAGGAUUCCUUGCAGGACGGGACGCUGACGCGGCUGCCGGGGCUGCCGCGGCUGACGGGGCACCGCAACGCGGAGGGGCUGUUCGAGUGCCUGCUGUGCGGCAAGACGUUCCGGGUGCGCCGCUCGCUGCGCCAGCACAUCAGCGUGCACAAGGGCGCCACGCGCUGCCCAGUGUGCCUGACCGUGCUCAGCAGGCGCGCCCACCUGUACCGCCACCUGGCCGCCGUGCACAACAUGCAGCCCGAGCAGUCCUAGGCCGGCCUCACUCUCAACCAAUUGCCCCGUCACUCUGUCUCCCUCGCACCCCUGCGGGAGGCCCCACGAGUGCGACAGAGACGGAGCGAUCCUUCGGCGUCGGCAGGGCCUUGGCAGGGCGUGCUGAUUCGCCUACCGAACAAAGUGGCCGCACAUCCCCUUGGACGACGUGCGUGGGAUGACAAGAAGAUUAAGGCGCUUGCCCCCCUGCCGGACUCCGGCGAUGGCUAAAGGAACUUAUUUUGUGUAUUGACGGGGAGUCGUUUUUGCGAAUACUCCGUGCCAUUUUCGUUCAGGUAGUGUAGCCUUCUCCCGAGAGAUGGCACUACAGUCAGGUACUUCCAAAAAAUAAAAGGAUCCUAGUUCUGGGUGGAAAUCCCUAUACCUGCCGUGCAUUCUGGCCGGUGACGGACAGCGCGGUGCGUUUUGGCAGUGUCGAUGGCCAGACAGUGCGGCGCGGCCGGUGCAGCCCGGGCCGCGCCGUGCGCUCGAACAGAUGUCAUUGUCCGUCUCUGUCUCACCCGCGCAGUGCAAGCGAGACGGCCGAGGCGAGGCAUGGAGGGGGAAGCAGCGGCCGACUGGCGAGGCGCGCGGCUCACUGUGGAGUCCGAUGCGCUCCAGUUUCCAAAUUUAAAAUUUGAAUGUUGCAACUGAGUGGUGGCGGUUGGGUACCAACAAUUUCCUUUUUCUUUUACGAUCAUUUUGACACCAGUUCAACAUCGAUUUGAAAUCGGGGAUAAAAUUUCUCCUACGGCCUUCUGCUCCUCUUAUCAGACUCUGACGAUGAAACGUGUCACCCCUUUCCCCUCGCGUCGUCCUUCUCGCCAAAUUGUGGCCAGCGUGACGCGUUCAAGUCGCGAGGGACUCGUUGGUGGACUGGCUGGAUCGGAGUCCGAGCAGGCCCGGCACCUCAGCCGGCGCGCUCCAGGUCAUCGUCUGCAGCUCCGGCUUACCGCGGGGGGAGAGGGGGAGGGGGAAGGCGGCGAAGACAAUGCCCGGCUACAGGCGAGCUGUCUGUCAUAAAUGUGUCGCGCCGCACCGGCCGGCCUGCACCGAGUUCGGAUACCUGCCACCGCGCCACUGUCCAGAGCCCCGCCAAACGACCGCCAACUUCAAAAUGGGUUGAAGGGGGAAAAAACAGUGCUUUACUUGUGCAACUCACCCUCAAAAAGUAUCAAUGAUAGAACAAAUCUGAAGGUAGAUUUGUGUAGGGGAAAGACGUGCGCAUUCAGUGUGACCCCUUGCGGAAUGAAAUUCCGAGAUCAUGUCUCUCAAAUCUGGAGUACAACUUUGAACCAAUUUGUGCCCAACUUUGACCACCUAUUUGGACUACAAGGAGUGUAGGCACGAACCUCGGAGGGGUCACACUGAAUAGGCGCUCAUUUUUACUGCACGAAUAUGUAAUUGGUUUUGAUCCACGUAUCGUACUUUUGACGGGUGAGCUGCACGAAGUUUGGACAUUUCAGGGUUCAAUAACUUUGUUCAAAUUUGAACUAGCGUCAUAAAAAUUUGAGAGGAGCAUCAUAACUGUGUUCCCAACAUGUGUUUCAAAUUUGAGCCUAAUCCGUUAACUUAAAUUUAGGGGGGCAAUCGCCUUAAAU